AUGUUAAGGGUUAGCGGAAUAAAUGACAAGGUGGCUGUAAACGCACUCAGAAAAUCGCUCUGGUACAAGUCGAAAUUCAGAAAAUGGAUAACCCUUGACAGACCACGAACGAUCCAAGACGCCCUUCACAAGGCAACGGACUACAUCAUAAUCGAGGAAGAAACCAAAGUUUUGUCGCAAAAACAUAAGCCGACAAAGACGUUCUUGAAAGAUGCAGACCAAAAGACUAAGAAGAAAAACUCUCGUAAGGACAAGUACGUCCAUCACGAAGGGGAAAAACUCCAAGGGGCGCAUAACUACGCAGUCAGUUCGGAACAAGGCAGAACCACGGGCAAUACAUGGACUCGCAAUCCAGGAUACGACGAAAAUACCUUCUGCGAGUUCCACCAGACUCGAGGCCACUCGACGACUAAUUGCAAAGUCUUGGGAGCGAGUCUGGCCGCAAAGCUACUAGCUGGAGAGCUCUCCGAAGUAACCUGCGUUAAAGAUCUCAUCCUUGAGACCGAUCAUCCUCCAAAAACCGACAAAAGUCCACCUGCAGAAAAUUCUCCUCGGAGAAAUCAAGCAGGGGAUAAAUGCGGAAGGAGAUCGGACGACAAAGGAAACAAUAACAACCGUCGCAGAGUGAACAUGAUCAUCGGAGGAUCACAGUACUGCAACGACACGGUCUCGGCCAUCAAGGCCUACCAGCGAAAGGCCGAGUCAAGUGCAAAUUGGCCUACGUGGUCUCCUCCCCGAGAUGGUCAAAGUAACUCGAUAACUUUCACGGAAGAGGAAGCCGGCGGAAUCUAUCAGCCUCACUGCGAUCCACUCGUCAUAGACCUCGUCAUAUAA